UUAGUCCUGUCUUCAUGCUUUCUGUCAUGAGCUGGCUAACAGAGCGGGCCGCUGCUCACAGUGCGGCCAGGAGUUUGGGGCCAGUCUUCGAGGAGCAGCCGAUGAACACGCUUUACCCAGAAGAGUCCGGGGAAGAGAAGCUGACGCUGGGGUGCAGAGUGCGAGCGAGCCCUCCCGCCACGUACAGGUGGAAAGUCAAUGGGACGGAGAUCGACCUGGAGGGGAACGGACGCUACAGUCUGGUCGGGGGAAAUUUAGUGAUUAAACACCCAGUGAGAUCCCGAGACCCCGGCUCUUAUCAGUGUCUCGCAACGAACCCCAUCGGGACAGUCAUCAGCAAAGAAGCUUUCCUUCGCUUCGGCUAUCUCUCACAGUUCCCCACAGAGGAACGAGAUGCAAUGAGGGUGACGGAGGGGAUGGGGGUGGUCCUGCCUUGUAACCCACCUCCACAUUACCCAGGCUCCUCGUACCGUUGGUUUUUCAACGACAUCCCCAACUUCUUGACACCCAGUAACCGGCUGUUCAUCUCCCAAGUGACCGGAAACCUGUACAUCGCCAGGACGUGGGUGAACGACACAGGCGGCCACUCCUGCUACCUGACCAGCCAAAUCGACUACGCCACCACCAGCGUCUUCAGCAAACCCAUCCCUCUGGCCGUCCAGCCCGUGGGUGAUGCCAGGCAAUACUCCCCAAACAUCAAGGUCAAGUUCCCCUCAGAAAUCUACGUGUUGUCGGGACAGAUGGUGAACCUGGAGUGCUUUGCGCUCGGCAACCCUGAACCCACUCUGCAAUGGCGGAGGUUGGACGGGACGAUGCCCUUCAAGGCCUCGGGGACCCUGACCGAGCCUGUCCUCCACCUGCCCGAUGUCCAGUUCGAGGACGAGGGGACGUACGAGUGUCUGGCCGAGAACUCCCGAGGGAAGGACUCCGUGCAGGGCAGAAUCAUCGUCCACGCUCAGCCGGAGUGGUUGCGGAUUAUCAGUGACGAGGAGGCGGACAUUGGCUCAGACCUGGAGUGGAGCUGUGCUGCGGCCGGGAAGCCCAGACCAGCGUGCCGCUGGCUGAGGAACGGGCUCCCACUGACCUCAAAGGGCCGAGUGGAAAUUAACAACUGUGCCUUGAAAAUCUUACGGCUGGUCCUGAUCGAUUCCGGAAUCUACCAGUGCGUGGCCGGGAACAAACACGGCACCAUUUACGCCAACGCAGAGUUGAAGGUUCAAGCCUUCGCUCCCGAGUUUCAGUCCAACCCGGUGAGACGGUUGAUCCCGGCUGCCCGAGGCGGUGAGGUGAUGAUCGAGUGUCGUCCUCGCUCAGCUCCCAAACCCACUGUCUUCUGGAGCAAAGGCACCGAGCUCUUGUCCAAUAACUCCCGGGUGUCCAUAGCGCUGGACGGAACGCUGAGGGUCAGGAAUGUCAGCCGGAGCGAUGAGGGGAGAUACACCUGCUUCACGGAGAACUUCCUGGGAAAAGCCAACAGCACAGGAACAGUGUCCAUCAGAGAAGCCACGAAGAUCACCCUGGCUCCAGCCAACGCAGACGUCAACCUGAAUGAGAACAUCACCCUGCAGUGUCACGCCUCCCACGACCCCACCAUGGACCUGACCUUCACCUGGUCUGUGGACGGAUCCCCCAUAGACUUUGACCGGAUGGGACAGCAUUACCGACGAGCUGUUGCGCGGGAAGCCAUCGGAGACCUCACCAUCACUCACGCGGAGCUCCGACACGCCGGCACAUACAUGUGCACCGCACAGACCGUGGUGGACAGCACUUCCGCACACGCUACCCUGGUCGUCAGAGGACCUCCCGGGCCAGCAGGGGGCGUCGUGGUCAAAAAAGUCAACGACUCCUCGGUGUUGCUGAGCUGGAGCCGAGGUUCCGAUAACCACAGCCCCAUCGGCAGCUACAACAUCCAGGCCCGGGCUCUGCUCUCCCAGGAGUGGAGGAACGUCAGGACAGCUCCUCAACACAUAGAAGGCAACGCCGAGUCGGCCAGAGUGGUCAACCUCACUCCGUGGAUGGAUUACGAAUUCCGAGUCACGGCCAACAACAUCCUGGGGACGGGUGACCCCAGCCUCCCCUCACAGGCCGUCCGCACCAAAGCUUCCGCUCCCACCGUGGCUCCGUCCAGCAUUGCCGGCGGAGGGGGCGACCGGCACGAGGUCGCAGUCACGUGGACGCCGGUGCAGCGGGAAUACCAGAACGGCCCCGGGUUUGGUUAUGUCAUCUCGCUGCGGAGGCAAGGGACGGAGCAGUGGGUGACGGCCAGGGUGGCAGGCGCUGAAUCCACACAGUACGUUUACCGCAACGACACCAUCGGGCCCUACACCCCCUUCGAGGUGAAAGUCAAACCGUUCAACAGUGAGGGCCAGGGGCCGUUCAGUCAGGUGGCCAUCGUCCACUCGGCCGAGGAAGAACCCAGCGUCGUUCCCUCGAGGGUCUCGGCCACCAGCCUGUCCUCCACGGAGAUGAAGCUGAGCUGGGAAGCGGUGGAGCAGGUCACGAGGAACGGCAUCCUCCUGGGCUACGAGAUCAGAUACUGGAGAGAGAACGACAACGAAGCAGCGGCCGAUCGGGUCAGGACCCUCGGCCUCGAGACCACCGCCCGAGUGUCAGGUCUGCGUCCGCACACGCUCUACCACGUGGAGGUCCGAGCCUACAACAGCGCUGGCACCGGCCCUCCCGGCCCCUCCACCGUCAUCACCACGAAGAAAGCUCCUCCGAGCCAGCCGCCCGGGAAAGUCUCCUGGAAAUCCAUCGGCUCCUGGAUCCGCAUCAAGUGGGAUCACGUCAAGGCUCUGGAGAACGAAUCCGCUGUGGCUGGAUACAAGGUCCUGUAUAAAUCGGACGACCAAUCAGGCAUCAAGUUGGUGGAAACCAGCAAGAACUCUGUGCAGCUGCCGAUGGCUGAGGACAUGAGUUACCUGGUGGAGAUCCGGGCCUCGGGGGAAGGUGGGGACGGAACGCCCACCAAAGUCAGGAUAUCCAAACACUCAGGUACCGGCAUGAUGGUCGAUUACUCAGGGGUUGAAGCGUUGCGCAGUGCUCUGGCCACAGUGAUACUGACUCUCAGUGCAGUCGGGUGUCUGAGCCUCUGACAACCGCGACUUGGCUCCCAAUCGACAGCUUUGCACCGUUUUCUUCCCUCCAGCGUUGGAUCCUCCCCGUCCGUCAAAACGUUU